CGACGCCUCUUCAUACUGCGCGCCUUCCACCAUGUCCGACUCUGCACUCUUUUGGACAGAACUAUCCGCGCUUGAAGAGUUUUUAACACAUGAUACGUUUUGGAAUAACCCAAACCCAUUCAAUGAACUACAACUCCCAACCUCGCCAGAAUUGCAGCAGACGUCGGCAUUCGAAGCCGACGCACUAGAACCCAAGCACAAAAGAAGGCGGGUCGACGACGUAUGUGUGGGUGAAGGCAUUGCGAGUGGGUCGUCCGGCCACGGCGGAGGCAUGGUGGAGGGUUUACAGUCCAAUGAUCAUAACGGUUCUGUAUCAGCGCCGACUGAAACGGCGUCGGGCACGGACUCGGCACAGUUAUAUGCCGCCAACUCCCAGUACGGGGAUUACACGGACUCACUGACGGAGGGUACACAUGUGGCCUGCCAAGACGUCAAGGAAGCACUCGAGAAGCAGUUCUGCAAGCCAACGCUCUUCAAGUGCCCGAACUGUGGCAGCGAGCAGUCUCGCGUCGAUAGCCUCAAGCGGCAUGUUAAGAUGACCGACGCUUGCCGCGAGCCCGUCCUGGCCGCGGUGAACAAGGUCAUGUCCGAGAGGCUCGCGGAGGGCGAUACAAACUGUCAGCCAGUGGCCAGCGUGGACGACUUGAGCCCCAUGAAACAUCUCUCGCAGUACGAGGUUUGAAGGUGGCAGCAUGGACUUGGUAGACUGCCUCCGGAGAGGUAUUCGCGCGUGGCUAGAGUUUCGGCUGGGAGUUUCGUUGUAGAUAUGUAUGUAUAGUAUG